ACACCCGCCCUGUCCUUGGACCUGCCUGAACUUGAGCACGGCGGGUUGCCAGCUUUCAGCUUGGGAUACUUCAAAGGCUAUGCCCGGGCCACAAGCCUCCUUUGCUUGCUGCAUUUCAUGAUGAAGCGAGGUGUGAUUGUGGUGAUGGAGUACCCAAUGUUCUGGGACUCCGUGCUUCGCAUUCGUGUGCAUCAUGUGAAGACUCAGAGUCGCAUGAGUGAGGCUUUGACGAACAUGAAGAUGUCGUGCAAAGGCUCCGUCCGCAAGGCCACGAACACUGUGCAGUGCGUCGUUAUGCUGAAGUCCCUCAUGACGGUCGGUGUGUCAGACCCGAUGGCCUUCGUGAAGCAAUGGAACGCCAUGUCGGCAAGAAGCUUCCACAUCAGCGGGAAACGGCAGGUGACCCUCAAGCUUCUCCUUGAGAUUGCACCCAAGGACAUUCUCCACCACGUGCAGAGCCUUGGCUGGGAGAACUCUGUCUGGUCGGACGACAACUUGUCGACGAAGAAGCUGUACCCGAAGUUCCUCCAGUUCGCAGCCCGCUGCAAGGCCUGGCAGCAAAGACUGCGCACUUCGGAGGAGUCCAUGGCUCUGGCA